AUGGGACUGUCUCCGGCCCCAAAUCCGCUCGCAGUGUGCUGUGCCGAAAAUGUCGCCAGUGAUUAUGUCUUGUCCGCCAUGGCACGAGCCGAAUGGCUGCUGGGUCGUCAAGACCAAGAACAAAGGGAAGAAGAUCAGGAAGCACUGGUUACAACUGCUAGCAAGGACUACGGAUCCAUACUAGACACCACCACCACCAUCAAUAGCAGUGAACGAAUACUGGUCAUUGGCAGUGGCAGGUGCCCCUUGGACCUUCCCGAGGUUUGCCAACUCUUUCUCGGUCGGAUCGGAUACACAGCCUACAUGAUUUCGGUUCACUUGUAUUUAUAUGGCAGUUUGUGGAUGUUCACGGCUGUGUUUGGCAAUGCCGUGGCCGAGUAUUAUUUUGACAGCAACAGCAACUCGGCUCUCGACCUAGACCACUACUACCAAGGGGCCAUUCUCGGACUGACAGUUCUGGUCUUGCCACUAAGCUGCUUGCAACUCACCGAACAAAAGCUAUUGCAAGUCCUCUUGACGGCCAGUCGAAUGCUACUCAUGAUACUCAUGGUGGCCACUCCACUCUGGGCAGCAAUCACCGGGACAUCCCACUUUGGGGACAUGAGUAUGGACGAGGACUCCAAUCAGUCAUCACUACCUUUAUUGGUGGAUUGGAGAGGAAUUCAUCGCAUGCUACCCAUUGUGGUGUGUGCUGCCAUUUUUCAUUUUUCUAUUCCAGCAUUGGCCACCGAUCUGGGUCGACAAAACCAGGACCAACUCAGUCAUAUCUUUGCCUGGACCAUGGUGCUGGUCUUUGUCGUGUAUGCCUCCAUUGGGGUGACGGAUGCAUUGUAUUUUGGUGGUGCUAAUAAUAUUCGACAAUCGAGCAAUGUGAACUGGGCUCAUUACCACGGUGGAACGGGACGACCGAUUAUAAGGGACGAUGGUGUCACGAUUUGGAUCGAUGUGGCUUGUGUCUUUCCGUUGCAUGCUCUAGUGCUUGGAAACAGUUUGAUGGCCGUUUGGUACAAAGACCGAACCAAUCCACUACAGCAAAACCGAUGGAUCAUCAGUGCCUUUCGAAUCGUGGCUGCGGUUCCACCCCUCAUUGGCGGUCUUUACGUUCGGGAGUUGGGCACAAUUUUGGAUUACAAUGGCAUUUUCGGCUUGGCCAUUGCCUUUGUCUUCCCUGCCUGGUUGUAUCUCUCUAGUACGGAGCGUUGUCCAUCCACAAUCCGAACGGCGUACGAUCGACUUGGGUCUUCGUACCCGGCGGCCAAGUCCUUGCUAGUCUUUGGGGUGUUGGCGCAAGUGACCGUAUUCAGUCUGCUAGUUUGGAGAGGAUGA